UGUGAGGUAGAUCUGACGUGAGCAUGCAACUCUCAUGCCGCUGUGAGGAGUUCACUCUUUUUCCAGCUGCAGCUUCUAUCAUAUAGGUCCUCUUCUUCCUCCCAUAUGUCACUGGCGUUUCCAGUACUUCCACCGUCUUGUCUCUCCCUGCAUUCGUGCAACCCACCUCAUGUUUCCCGGUCGGUACCGGCAGCCAAGUUAGUAGUACUACGGAACACACACCAUGUCAGUCGCCGACGAGAAACAGCACAUCGAUCAUGAUGCCGGGGCUGCCACCGACCUUGUCGCGAGGCCCGGGUCCGAGUCGCCUUGCUCGGACGAUGGGUUGAACGAUCCUGCACCGAUCGAUCCACAGGCCGAGCGGCGGCUUGUCAGGAAACUUGACCUGAUUAUUUUCCCCGUCUUUUUCGUCGUCUACAUGAUGGCCUUCCUGGACCGCAUCAACAUCAGCAAUGCCAACAUCCAGGGCAUGUCGGCCGAGCUGCAUCUCGACGAGGGCAACCGGUUCAAUGUCGCGCUCUUUGCCUAUUACUCGUCGUACAUCCUGCUCGAAGUACCCUGCAACAUGAUCAUCAAGAAAGUCCGCCCCUCACUCUUCAUCUCGGGCCUCAUGUUCAGCUGGGGCGUCGUCAACAUGUGCAUGGGCUUUGUGCACUCGUACGCGGCGCUGGUCGCCCUGCGCGUGCUGCUGGGCGUCUUCGAGGCCGGCGUGCUGCCGGGCAUCGUCUACGUGUCGUCCAUGUACUACAAGCGCCACGAGUACCAGAAGCGCAUGUCUUUCUUCUUUUGCAGCACCGUCACGGCUGGCGCCUUUGGCGGCCUGCUCGCCUACGCCAUCGCCGACCUCGGCACGCCGUCCAUGGCCGCCUGGCGCUGGAUCUUUAUCAUCGAGGGCGCCAUCACCGCCGCCCUGGGCAUCCUCGCUUCCUUUGUCAUCAUCGACUGGCCCGAGCAGACGCGCUACCUCAGCCUCGACGAGAAGGAGCUCCUCCGCCGGCGCAUGGCCGUCGACGCGAGGGGACAUGUCUGCCGUAUGGACACGCUCAACAGGUUUGCGUUGACUCGCAUUGUCCGCGACUACAAGAUCUGGUUGGGCGGGUUUUUGUACAUGGGCGUCUCGGUGGCCGGGCUGUCGGGCACCUUUUUCCUGCCGACCAUCCUGCUCGAGUUCGAGUGGCGGGCGCAGGAGGCGCAGGUGCGGACCAUCCCCGUCUACGUCGUCGCGGCUGGCAUGAUGGUGCUCGGCGCGUGGGCGUCGGACCGCCUCAAGCACCGCUUCGGCUUCAUCAUGGGCGGUGCGUCGCUGUCCACCGUGGGCUAUGCCAUGCUGCUCGCGCAGGAGGGCAAGUCGCGCGACUACAAGUUUGCCGCCGUCUUUCUCGUCUUCGGCGGCGCCUACAUGAUCACGCCCAUGUGCCUCGGGUGGCUGCAAAACAACCUGUCGGGCCACUGGAAGCGGUCGUUUGGCGCCUCAUCGCAGGUCAUGAUUGGCAAUGUUGCAGGCAUCAUCGGUGCCUUCAUCUUUAUCAGGUCCGAGGCGCCCACCUACAGGACGGGCUACGGUGUAGCCCUGGGCAUGAUGUGGUUCGGCGCGCUUUGCGCCGGGGUCAUGGCCGGCCUCAUGUGGGCUGAGAACCGGAGGCGAGAGCGCGGCGAGCGCAACGGCCGGCUGGCAUUCCCCGAAGAGGACAGAAAGAACAUGGGUGAUUGGCACCCGAGUUUCAGGUUUACUUUGUAAACGACUGUAGGUACUAUGCAACAUUGACGAAUAUAUCAGGAUGCUCGUCGUCGCCGACCUGUCGAUUGUGAUGGGUGUAACAUGUGUAGAGCAAUCGCGAGCCGGUUCUAUUGGGGGACGACGCAUGUUAGUAGGUUCUAGGUAGGUAGGUACUCACAUGCACUUAUAAAGCCAU